CUCAUACAACUCCGCCAUGUCCAAAGAGCGUCUCCUCAACGAAGAGGAGGCGCAGCCCCUCACCGAAGGAUUCACGGAUUCCCGCAAGUCUCAAGAUGAAGGGCGGCCGUCCCUGAACUCCGACUCAACGACUUCCAUCGUCCUCGAAAGCCUCAACGGAAACUUGAAUAAGUCGCGGAUCCCGGAGCCCUAUUCCGACGCGAACGGCGGCCCGCGCCGAAGCGGGGAAGCUUUCGACAUCGAAGAUGCACCGUACUAUGGCACAAAGCCCGCAGACAAGAAGCUGAGGAGGUGGUUAUGGAUACUCGGAGGCGUGUGCGUGGCUGGUUGGGUCCUCGCCCUCGUCGCGUUUCUUUCGAGCGGCGCCUACAAACACGCUUCCACCAGGCCGCACGACCCUACCGCAACAUCGACCCGUGGAUCUGGAAAGAAAGUCACCUUGGACCAGGUGCUGGGUGGAGAGUGGUAUGCAACACGGCAUGACCUAUCAUGGAUCUCCGGUCCGGCUGGAGAAGAUGGGUUGUUGCUGGAAAAAGGUGGACGUGCUGGCUACGUUGUCGUAGAGGAUGUUCACAACCGUGGCGAGGUGAAUGCCUCGGAGACGACUAUAGUGCUCAUGAAGAACGCAGGAUUCUACGUUGGUGAGCGCUGGGUGUCGCCCGUAGAGGUCUGGCCGAGCGCGGAUUUCAAGAAGGUGUUGGUCAUGUCUGAGAGGGAGCACAACUGGAGGCACUCGUACUACGGGAAAUACUGGAUUUUCGAUGUCGCAACGCAGACGGCGGAAGCCUUGGAUCCCGCAAACCAGGAAAGCAGGAUUCAGCUUGCUACUUGGUCUCCCAGCUCAGACGCUAUUGUCUUUACCAGGGACAACAACAUGUACUUGCGCAGGCUAAAUAACAAAAAGGUCACAAGGAUUACAACCGAUGGUGGGCCGGAGCUCUUCUACGGCGUUCCUGACUGGGUCUACGAGGAGGAAGUUUUCGGCGGCAAUAGCGCUACCUGGUGGUCCAAGGAUGGCAGAUACAUCGCUUUCCUCCGCACUAACGAAACCUCCGUUCCCACCUAUCCCGUUCAGUAUUUCGUCUCCAGACCUAGUGGCACGGAGCCGGAGCCGGGUGAGGAAAACUACCCUGAAGUACGGGAGAUCAAAUAUCCAAAAGCCGGAGCACCCAAUCCUGUCGUCAACCUGCAGUUUUACGAUAUUGAGAAGAGUGAAGUCUUUACGGUUAACAUUGAAAAUGACUUUGAGGACCUCGAUCGGCUCAUUACGGAGGUCGUGUGGGCUGGUAGCAGCGGAAAAGUGCUUAUUCGCGAGACUAACCGCGAAAGUGAUCUUCUGAAGGUCAGUCUGAUUGAUGUUGUGUCUCAAACCGGCAAGAUCGUGAGAACUUUCGACGUCAAUGCGCUUGAUGGUGGUUGGUUCGAAGUAUCGCAGGAGACCACCUUCAUCCCUGCGGACCCUGACAAUGGCCGCCCCCACGACGGUUAUAUCGAUACAGUUAUACACGAGGGCUACGAUCAUCUUGGAUACUUCACGCCCAUGGACGCCUCCGAGCCUAUUCUUCUCACGUCCGGAAAAUGGGAAGUCGUCACCGCGCCUUCGGCUGUUGAUCUCAAGAAGAACCUUGUCUACUUUGUUUCAACACAGGAGAGUUCUAUCCAACGCCACGUUUACAGCGUCAAGCUCGACGGUUCUGAUCUCAAACCCCUGACGGACAUUAGCAAGGAGGCGUAUCAUGAGGUCAAGUUCUCUACCGGUGCCGGCUACGCCCUCCUUUCAUACAACGGCCCCGACAUUCCGUGGCAAAAGGUCAUCAGCACACCCAGUGCAUCUGAAAACUACGACAGCCUUAUCGAAGAAAACAAGGGUCUCGCAAAGAUGGCACGGGAGCACGAGCUGCCGAUCCUGAUCUACUCGACCGUGAACGUUGACGGCUUCGAACUCAAUGUUGUCGAGCGCCGCCCGCCGCACUUCAACCCCAAGAAGAAGUACCCGGUCCUGUUCUACAUGUACCAGGGCCCGGGCAGCCAGCAAGUGACCAAGAAAUUCAACGUCGACUUUGAGUCGUACAUUGCCUCAUCGCUCGGGUACAUCGUCGUGACGCUUGACGGGCGUGGAACAGGCUUCAUCGGGCGUGCUGGGCGCUGCAUCGUACGGGGAAACCUAGGACACUACGAGUCGGCGGACCAAAUCACAGUAGCGAAGCAAUGGGCGAUGAAGAAGUACGUAGACGAGACGCGGAUGGCUAUCUGGGGAUGGAGCUACGGAGGCUUCAUGGCGUUGAAGACUCUGGAGCGCGACGCGGGACAGACGUUCCGAUACGGCAUGGCCGUGGCGCCGGUGACGGACUGGCGCUACUACGACAGCAUCUACACGGAGCGGUACAUGCACACGCCACAGCACAACGAGGCGGGCUACGCCAACGCUACGGUCAGUAAUGCUACGGCACUGGCGCAGAACGUUCGCUUCUUGCUUAUGCAUGGUGUCGCGGACGAUAACGUCCACAUGCAGAACAGUCUCAUGCUGCUCGAUCGCCUCGAUGUCGCUGGCGUUGAGAACUACGAUGUCCAUGUCUUCCCCGACUCGGAUCACGGUAUCUACUUCCAUAACGCAAACCGCAUUGUUUAUGACAAACUCAGCAACUGGCUUAUCAACGCCUUCAACGGCGAGUGGCUACGCACCGAGGACCCCGCGCCAGUCGCGCAGAUUGAGGGCGUCGCGCGCAUCCGGUAGACAGAGCGCGCAAGCUACCUCUGUCACCCUCAAUUCGGUCUCGCGGGCGUUCUUGGUGUUAUUUUGUCUAGCAGCUAUCUUGUUCACUUUUUUUAAUCUACCUACCUAGACAGUGAUAUUUGUGACGCUGCUAUUGUAACUAUACAGGAGAUAUGCCAUGAUAUAUGGUAGAUGGCUCGGCUUUGGCUUCAAACUUUUAGUCCGGAUACUGAGGGUUGUUUGCGAUAUGCUUUGCGGUGCGUGGUGUGAGUGGUGAGUGGGUGUGCCCCACACUUUGCGGCUCAGCCAUUACGAAGCAACGACACAUAGUCCCCAUAGUAAGCAGCGAAGU